ACGGCAUUUCCCGGUUUGUCUCUGCUCGGCUGCUCUCCAUCACCUCGUUCUUAGCCUGGGAACAUGGCCAACAGGAAAAUAAUCGCAGUAUUUGGAGCAACAGGGGCUCAGGGUGGCUCUGUGGCCAGGUCCAUUCUGGAGAACAAACAUUUCGCAUUGAGAGGGCUGACCAGGGAUGUGAGUCAGAAAAACGCCCUUGCGCUUAGGGACCUUGGUGCCGAGGUGGUCAGGUGUGACCUGGAUGAUGCUGCGUCUGUGGAAGAGGCCUUAAAAGGAGCCCAUGGAGCCUUUGUGGUGACCAACUUCUGGGACCAUCUCAGCAAAGAGAAGGAAGUGUGUCAGGGGAAGCUGGUGGCAGAUAUCGCCAAACGCCUGGGCCUGAAACAUGUGGUGUACAGCGGUUUGGAGAACGUGGACCGGUUGAGCGGGGGCAAGCUGAAGGUGCUGCACUUCGACGGGAAGGGGGAAGUGGAGGAGUAUUUCUGGUCCAUUGGUGUUCCCAUGACCAGCGUCCGCCUGGCAGCUUACUUUGAAAAUUUCCUCACCAUGUGGAAGCCGGUGAAAAGCCCUGAUGGCUACUACACCCUAGCACUGCCCAUGGGGGAUGUGCCAAUGGACGGGAUCUCCGUUGCCGAUGUUGGAGCUGUUGUCUCUAGCAUUUUCGCUUCUCCAGAGGAGUUUGUUGGCAAGGCCGUGGGCCUCAGCGCAGAGGCCCUAACAAUACAGCAGUACGCUGAUGUUUUGUCCAGAAUUCUGGGGAAGGACAUCCGCGAUGCAAAGAUCACCCCAGAAGCUUAUGAGAAGCUGGGAUUCCCUGGAGCGGACGAAUUGGCCAACAUGUUUCGUUUCUAUCACAUGAAGCCCAACCGUGACAUCAAGCUUACCCACCGUCUAAACCCCAAAGUUAGAAGCUUCAGCCAGUUCAUCUCAGACAACCAGGAAGCCUUUAAAGACUUGUGAAGACCUUCAGCUGUUGAGGCAGCAUGACCUCCUGUCCCUCAGGUCAAGCUGUCCUUGCAACACAACACUCCCCUUUACAGAGCAGCUAGGCCAGGGAGGCAAUUAUCUGCACCACCCGGGGGUUCCCCCUGCCUUCUUUCUGGGGGAUACACUGUACUGGGGAUCCAACACAGCAGUUUGAUUCUCUUCAAACUUUCCAGCUAGUAAUCCAUGGUGGUAGAGCCGCUUGGUAAAUUGAGAAGUCCCAGAAUACAUUGCCUUCUCCAGAUCUUUCUCUCCAAGAUCCAAGUUGUCUCAAAAGGCUGGUGUGAUGAACUCAGAGCACCUCCCUUAAUAUAAGUGGGAGGUCACUUAGCUUUCUUCUGAAUGAGGGAUCCCCUUCUGAAAUUUCCCUAGCAUCUGUUUUCUCUGGUGUAUCUCAAAACUUUCAGCAAAUUAAAACCAACCUAAGUGACCACCAAAAGAUGGAUAGACAACACAAUGUUUUAGGUAUAGUGAAAUAUUAUUUGACCCUAAAAAAGGAAUGAAGUACUGAUGUAUACUACAACAUGCCGAGUUUUGAAAACACUGAAAUAAUUUUAAAAAAGUCAGACAGAGCAAGAUAAAUAUCUAAUGAUUCCAAUUAUGAGAAGUAUCUAGAUGGGCAACCUCACUGAGAUAGAAAAGGUUUAUGACUGGGGCAAGGAGGAAGUGAGUCACUGCUCAGUGGUUACAGGGCUUCUAUUAAAGCUGAUGAAAGUGUGGACAACAGGGGCCACAGCUACACAAUUUUGUGAAUGCAGUUACUGCCAAUGAAUUGUAUGCUUGAAAUGGCAAAUUGUGAAUAUACAAUUGCAUAUACUUAUUAUGCCACAAUAAAAAUUUUUCCAAAAUAUAAGUGUUACAGCUCUGAAGGGAAAGAUAUCCUCACAGCUAGGAGCCAAAGAAUAUCACAAAGUCACACAACCUAACAAACUUCAUACAAGGUAUUUGCUGGGAAAGAUACAAGAGGGUGGCUGCCUCUGCUUGGGAAACAAGCAGUCGAGAACUGGCAGAGGGUGUGGGGAUUCAAACACGAAGGCAGUUGCUUGUAGAAGAGGAAGACCUUUAUUUUGCCCCGAUCUAGAGCCUUUUAUACCUUUAGGAAGCUGGACCAGCAUGCUAGGCAGCCAGAACCUGAGGUCAAGGUCAGGGCAUCGUGUAGGAAGAACACUUCGGCAAAACACCGCACACCAGAAAGAACACAAACAUCCUUGUCAAAUACAGGGUACAAGGAAGUUCAGCUGUCGGUCAGGGGGAGUGGGGGUGGCCAGGCCAUCUGGGUGCAGCCAGAUCACAACAACCAUGUGGUUGCUAGGAAUUAAACUCAGGACCCCUGAAAGAGCAGCCAGUGCUCUUGAUCACCGUUGCUGUCAUUCUUCAGGUUUGAGAGAUGGGGACCUGGAAGUCACUGGCUUGGUGUGGCUGUGCACACCUGAGGCUGAGGCAGGAAAGCCUCACGGCGCCCAGGACACUGCCCCUCCCCCUUAUUUCACCAGUAGCAGCAUGGCUGCAGAACAUUUAGUUUUGCAACCUCUCGUGUUUUAUUUAAAAUGAACGCCCUUGUAUACAGAAAGCAUACAUAGACUAAUAAAUUCAAGUGAGUGGCUCUACACAAUAUAUUCCUUGGGAGGAGAAAUAGAUGUUAAAAGGUACAAGGUUUUUGUUUGUUUUCUUUUUUAAAGGCAGGGUUUCUCUGUAGCCCUGGUUGUCCUGAAAUUUACUCUUUAGACCAGGCUGGCUUUGAACUCACAGAGAUCCGCCUACCUCUGCCUCACAAAUGCUGGGAUUAAAGGUGUGCACUGAAAGAUCCCCCCGCCCAGCUUAUUAAACGAUUUAGCACCGGUAACGCCAUUUUACAAGGCUUGUACUGAAUAUUCAGGGUUUGAACAAAGGGCAGUUUAAAAGCUGCCAAAACGAGCUAGAGACACCUGUGGCUGGGCCGGGG